UUAGGAUGAAUUAUCUGAUGGAUUAAUUAUUUAAUUAGCAAAGUGAGUAUGUCAUUAUCUUAUCUCUGUCCUUGUCUUCAAUUCUAACUACUCUUCCUCUUCUUCUUCUUCUUCAUAGCCACAACUUUCUGAAGCUCAACAAAAAGGAAGGGGAAAAAGGACUUACUUUUUUCUUCAGGCUCUGAUACCCAGAUAAAGCUCAAAGCAGCUUGUCAUCCACUUUAUCUCCAUAUUUGCUUCGUCAAGGGAUCAAAGUUACUCCAUGAGCAACCUCAAGCUAGGGGUAGAAGUGGUGAGUGCCCAUAAUCUAAUUCCUAAAGAUGGGAAAGACUUAUCCAGUGCCUUUGUGGAGAUUCACUUUGAUAACCAGAAGUUUCGCACGACUGUCAAAGAAAAGGAUCUUGACCCUGUUUGGAAUGAGACGUUCUACAUUAAUAUACCCGAUCCUAAUCGCUUGCCUAAACUCACACUCGAGGCUCUUGUUUUCAACAAUAAUAAGACUGGCCGGUCGAAAUCCUCUCUUGGGAAAGUUUGUAUAGCUGGAUCAUCUUUUGUUCCCUAUUCUGAUGCUGUUGUCUUGCAUUACCCUCUCGAGAAGGUGGGCGUUUUCUCCCGUGCUAGAGGAGAGCUUGGCUUGAAAGUCUUUAUCACAGAUGACCCCUCUCUUAGCACCUCGAACCCUUUUUCAAUGGAUUUUCCUUCACAUUCCAAUAAUACAGAGCCAUUCUCUAAUGGGAAAAAAGGGUCGAGACAUACUUUCCAUCACCUCCCGAACAGAAAGCACGAACAACAACAGGCUCAUUCUCCAUUUGUAGACUCUAGGAUGGGUCAGAUGUUAUCUGAACCUCACGAUCCAAAACUAGUCCGAGUGUAUUCGGGUUCAUCAUCACAGCCAGUUGAGCAUAUGCUUAAAGAGACCAGCCCUAUCCUUGGAGGGGGACAAGUUGUCGGGGGACGAGUUUUAAGGAGAGAUAGACGUGCCACGACUUAUGAUCUCGUAGAGCCUAUGGAAUUUCUUUUCGUACGAGUUGUGAAAGCCCGCGAUCUCCAUUCCAAAGAUUUUACGGGAAGUCUCGACCCUUAUGUGGAAGUAAGAGUGGGGAAUUACAAAGGAAUCACGAAACACUUUGAAAAAACAGAAAGUCCAGAAUGGCAUACGGUGUUUGCAUUCCCGAAAGAAAGGAUGCAGUCAUCUGUUUUAAACGUCGUGGUUAAGGAUAAGGACAUGGUGAAAGAUGACUUUGUGGGGAUUGUCCAUUUUGAUCUCCAUGAGAUCCCCACUCGAGUUCCCCCAGAUAGUCCAUUGGCCCCGGAAUGGUAUAGCCUCGAAAACAAGAAAGGGAAGAAGAAUAAGGGAGAAUUAAUGCUUGCCGUGUGGAUUGGCACACAAGCUGACGAGGCUUUCCCCGAUGCUUGGCAUACCGAUGAAGCUAGUCUAAUUGAUGUCUCAUCUCCAUCUACCCAUAUCCGCUCGAAAGUCUACCAUUCCCCGAGGCUAUGGUAUGUUCGAGUCAAUGUUAUUGAAGCACAGGACUUGGUUACAGACGAGAAAACUCGCCUCCCGGAUGUUUAUGUCAAGGCACAAAUUGGAAGCCAGAUUCUAAAGACAAGGCCCGUUAGAAGUCAGACCAUGAAUGCACAAUGGAACGAGGAUCUCAUGUUUGUUGCUGCUGAACCAUUUGAAGAACACCUUAUACUCUCUGUUGAAGACCGUGUGGCUUCCAACAAAGACGAGAGCCUCGGGCAGGCCAUUAUACCAUUGAACGAAGUUCAAAAGCGUGCUGAUAAUCGAUUGGUUCAAGCGGGAUGGUACACCCUCCAAAAAUCUGAUGUCGAGGAGCCUAAGAAAGUCAAAUUUGCUACUAGAAUUCAUCUUCGUAUUUCCCUUGACGGAGGGUACCACGUGUUUGAUGAAUCUACACACUAUAGUAGUGAUCUCCGUCCAACAAUAAAACAGCUCUGGAAACCGUCAAUUGGAAUCUUGGAAUUAGGCAUUUUAAAUGCUCACGGUCUCCAAUUGAUGAAAACGAGAGACGGAAGGGGCACGACGGAUACGUAUUGUGUGGCAAAGUAUGGUCACAAAUGGAUUCGUACGAGGACCAUCGUCGACAGUGUAAAUCCAAAGUACAACGAGCAGUACACUUGGGAGGUUUACGAUCCCGCUACUGUUCUUACAGUAGGCGUCUUCGAUAAUGGACAGCUAGGGGAGGAUGGCAAAAGAGACAUGAAAAUUGGUAAGGUCCGUAUUCGAAUCUCUACACUUGAAGCCAACCGGAUUUAUACCCAUUCUUAUCCAUUGUUAGUGCUUCACCCUUCGGGUGUGAAGAAAAUGGGCGAGCUACAUCUUGCUAUACGAUUUUCGUGCACCUCGACUGUUGAUAUGAUGUGUAUAUACUCGAGACCCCUUCUGCCCAAAAUGCAUUACGUGAAACCGUUGUCUAUGGCACAGCAAGAAAUGCUGCGCCAUCAAGCUGUCAACGUAGUGGCUGCUAGGCUUAGCCGGGCAGAGCCUCCUUUAAGAAAGGAAGUGGUCGAGUACAUGAGCGAUGCGAAUUCGCAUCUUUGGAGUAUGAGGCGGAGCAAGGCGAACUUUUUCAGACUCAUGUCGGUCUUCAAUGGGUUGUUUUCUGCAGCGAAAUGGUUCGGGGAUGUGUGCAUUUGGAAGAACCCCGUGACAACGGGACUGGUUCACAUUCUCUUCACUUUGCUCGUUUGUUUCCCGGAACUCAUUCUCCCAACUGGAUUUCUCUACAUGUUCCUAGUAGGCCUUUGGAAUUACCGGUACCGAGCUCAGUACCCUCCUCACAUGAACACGAGAAUAUCCUUUGCUGAUUCAGCACAACCCGACGAGCUCGACGAGGAAUUCGACACGUUUCCCACGUCGAGGAGCCCGGACCUGGUAAGAGUGCGGUACGAUCGCCUGCGAAGUGUGGCUGGUCGGAUUCAGACAGCGGUGGGUGAUGUAGCGACGCAAGGAGAGCGGGUUCAGGCGCUCCUGAGCUGGCGGGAUCCCCGUGCCACAGUCAUUUUCAUUGUAUUCUGCCUUGCUGCUGCCAUCGUGUUGUACGUGACGCCUUUCCAGUUGUUCGCUAUCAUGGCGGGGUUUUUCGUGAUGCGGCAUCCCAUGUUUCGACAUAAGUUGCCUCCUGCACCUCUCAACUUCUUCCGCAGAUUGCCAGCAAAGACUGAUAGUAUGUUGUAGGUCAUUAAGGUUUGGUCUUCCUGAAUCCUGGUACUUGAAGGAAUCUGGUCUUGCUUUUAUCACUUGUGUUUAGAUUCUGUUAGAUUUUCUGGUGCUGUCAAGAAGUGUGUAAACAAUGUAGUAGAAGGAGAGAGCUAGCUUGUAAUAAAUAGAGAGAAUGGUUUGUAUUAUUAUGCAUGCAAUAUCCUGCCCAAGAACUCCAACUGUGAGUUGAGUUGCUGGUUUGUCAAAAUUGCAUUCCCUCAUUUUGCGA